AUGCUUCCGCUCGAGCUGGCUCUUGCACCUCCGGACAGGCGCAAUGCUGGCGGAAGAAAGACCAGCGGGCUUGGGGGUGGGCAAAGCCCAGAGGUACCGGCCGGUGCAAGGGAGAAGGCAUUCCUGUGCGUGGCGGAAGCCGUUCGAGCGAGUGGAUCGCGGUUUGUGGAGGGCUACGGCGUGAAGCCAACGAUCCACGUGAUGAUUCGCCUGGUGUUCACCCUCUCGGGGUGCUCGCCGGCGAGCGGCGGGGUUCCGGCAGGGAGUUCCAGUGGGAGCGCCGUGCCUGGUGCUGUCCGCAACGGAACCGGUGGGGUGGGGGGAAGCGGGCUGACUGCGGGGACCGAUGCGCUGCGGCUCUCCUGCCUGAAGUGUCUGGAGGCUGUCUUGCGAGCUCCUUUCGCCUGUGACUGGCACCAUAGCAGCAGCAGCGGCAGCAACGACUCGCUAUGGUCCGAAGUGCGGAACGACCUGAAGGACGCCAUGGGCGGCGGAAUCCUCGCACAGCUCGUGCAAGAGCUCUUGCUGUGCUGUCAGCAAGGCGAGGAAUCUUCUCCUCCCGCUGCAAGUGGGGCUGGUGCCGGCAGGAGGGCUGUGGCGGCAUCGCCGGGUAGCGGGGGGAGUGGGAGAGAUAGGGUGUGGGGGGGGGCGGAAGAAGCCCGCGCCGCGGCAGGAUGCCUGGAGGCUCUUUGUUCCUUUACGCCCGGCUCUGCCGUUUGGAGGCGGCUGCUACCCGGGACCUUCAGCGGCCUUUUUCGAACGAUCAGAGGUAUCCAUUCAGGGCGGGAUGUUGCUGGUGGCAUGGUGCUGCCGUCGUCCGCGGCUCAACUGGGAGGGGAUGGUCGACGGCGUGGCAGCGGCAGCAAGUCGGCUCUGGCAGAGGCAGGCGAUGGCAUAGACGAAGCUGUUCAGAGCGGAACGGGCGGACAACCCCAGAGCCGCAGUAGCACGGACAGCGACCCGCUGCUUGCUCUCCAGCGGUUAGCCGUCACCUCGAAUGCAUCUGCCCGGAAUCCUGGAAACCCAGCCCAACCCGCCGGUACCGCAAGCGCUGCCGCUUCUCCCGAAGGCCACCACGGAAGGGCCAGCCCUAGUCCAGACCCCCCGCCCCAGCCCGGAGCGUUUGCUGCUGUUGCGGCGUCUACGACGACUUCGAGCGCCGCGGCCGCCGCCUCCGCGGCUGCGGCUGCGGCGACGGUGAUUGCCGUCGAAAACCCGGAGUGGGAGGCUCGCACGAGCGACCGCCUCCGUCUUUUGCUGCCCCCCCUGCUUGCCUUUUGCUGCCUGCACCCCGGGUGGCGUGUGCGGCGCGCCACGGCCAAGCUGGCCUCCGAUCUGUUGCGAGCCGGCGGGGGCGGCCAUGAAGCGGCGAGCGGGGGUGAGGCGGGAAGAGGGAGCGGCGAAGGGAAGGGGGGACUGUUGGAGCCGUUGACGCCGCUGCUGAUGGAAGCCUUGGUGGGGCUUCUUCUGGACAGCAUGCCGCAGGUGUCAGCGGAGGCCCGUCGGGGCCUAGACAGCUUCCGCGCAACCCUAUCUCCCUUCCGGUGGCUGGAGCUAAGGGGUAUCCUCCUAGAGCGCCUGUGCACAAUCGCGGAAGGGCUGCCGGCGAUGGCCAAGUCGGCAGACGAGAAACGUCUCCGCGGUGCGUUCGACCUUUUAGCGGGGUAUCUGUCGCUGUUGCGGUUCGAUGCGCGUGCGGCCUUGGACGGCCGGUUGUCUUUGGUGCUGUCUUGCCUCUGCGAGACCCUGGAGUUUGACGAGGACUUCAACGUGCAGGCCCUGGAGGGCUCAUCCGCCAGCAGCAGUGGCAACCUCAGCAGCGAGAAUAUAAGUCCGAGUGACACGGCACAAGACGGUGGGCCAGAGGCGUGUCGCCCGAACCGCCCUAAGUACUACAGACAGGUUUUCGCGAACGUCCGGGAGGACUCCACGCUGUCCUCGGCGAGGCGCGCCGUCCGUCUCCUGGGGAAGUUCUGCGACCUCCCCUCCCUCGCGGACGCCUCCAUAUCAUCGCUGGAAACCCGUUCUCCGCGCCCUCCUCCCCGGCCGUCCAGUCGGCGGCGGUACCGACCGUCUCCGGUUCCGUCGCCGCCGGCGGCGGCAACACCGGAGACUGCCGUCGCCAUCGGCCCUUGGUCGGACCGUUCUUCUGCUUUUCGCGAGGACGGCGGCAACAGCAGCAGCAACGACGCCAUCUACCGACGGCGGUGCCUCAAGUGGCUCCGGCUCCGACUGCCUCUGGCUUGGGUGCUGAACCAGGCGCUUCUGGGCCGUGGGUCCGGUUCAGCGGCGGGAGAGGAGGCCGGCAAAGAUGGUGGCGGCGAAGGGGCGGAGGCGAGGAAAUCGAACGUUACGGGGGAGGAUGAGGGAAUGUUUCUGGGGCGCGGUCUUGCGAUAUCCAUGCUGGAGCGUCUCCUAGCUUCUCACACCUUCAACCUGCCGGUGUCGAGGGCCGAAGCAGCCGCCGCUGGCUACAGCGGGAGCUAUGGGAAUGUUGGGGCCGCCGACUUCGAGAGAGAGUCGCUGCUGACCAGCGGCGCAAAUGCGGGUGAAGGAGAAAGAGGUGACGUUGCAGCGCUGGCGCGGCGUUCCGUCGAAUACACGCGGUCCGGGCAGGUGCUUGGGGUCGGGGGCGACGGUGGCGCCCGCUCUCGAUCUCGCGGGGUUUCCGGCCAGGUUCUCGACGCGAACGCCACCCUUGUUUCCACUGUUGUGGAGGCUUUGGGUUCUCUAGCGGAGGCGUCUGGUCCAGGGUGCGGAGAGGCAUUUCUUCGAAGGGCUCUCUACCCCUUGCUGGAGAAGGCGGCGUCGACCCACCCCGUAGUAUCGCAAUCCGCGUUAGCAACCUUGGCAAGGGUGCGGGUGGCGUGCGGGGACUUCGAGGACACAUCGCAGCUCCUCGAGGCAAACAUGGACUACGUGGUAGAUGACGUGGUUCGAAGAGUGUCUUCCUCGUCCCGGAGAAGCCGCAACAUGGACGGUGGCAGUACCAUGAUAACCGGCGGAGGACGCGGUGGAACCAGUGCCGGAUCGGGUAUUCCCGGUGUGGUGGAGGCCGUACUGAGGAUUGGAGGCUCUGCCAUGGGACCCGCCCUGGUGAGGGACCUGGCAGGGGUUACCCUUCGGGAGGUUGACGCGUGCGCCUGGGACCCCCGGCAGACUCGCCGCAGUCUCGGGGUCCUUCGCGCGGUGGCCUCGUGCGUGACGCUGCCACCUCUGCCACCCCCCGAAAAUUCUGAGAAGUUCCCCAACUCGGGGGUUGACCAGCAUGACAAGGACGACAAGGAGGAGGAGGAUUUACAAGGGACAACGGAACGCAACGGAGAGUCUGCACUAGCGGAGAGCCCGUGGUUCAGGCAGCUGUUCGUGGAGUUCGCGGACGCUUCGGACGUCCUUCGCGUGGAAGAGAAUUCCUCGGGUGUGGGAGACAAGGCGAAGGCGGCUACGAACGGUCUGGUGAAGGCGGUGAAAGAGCAUCGCGAGGCGAUGGGCUACGAUGUCACCGACGACGACUCCGAAGAAGGUAGAGUUGAAAGUGACACGGCGAACACUGAGUACGAAAGGACCAAAGCGAAGUGGCGAGAGAUAGAGGAGGAGGCGAGAAAGGCGGCGGGGCAGGCAGAGGAGGAGUCAGACGGACAGCAAGAGUUGCCGGAGCCGGACGCGGAGGGCAGAAAGAUUGCCGAGUCCGAGGAGGUCAAAACGCUGUCCGAGGUGCUGGCACGAAGCUGCCACUAUCUCGCCACCCCUUCGCUGGAGACGCAAGCCCUGGCCCUCGCCUGCAUGCGCGACUGCGUGUUGAAGCUAGCAUCCGCCGGCGCCGACGCUGGUGUCUGAUGUUGUCCUUUGGCCGGGUUCUGCUCCCGCCAACGAUCGAUGGUAGUAGGGCUGCGGCGAGUGUGAAUGUGAUAGCUCCCUUGGAGGCACGUGGCGAGCGCCUGGAUUUGGUUAUACCUUGUUGGACACUUUGUGGAACACCGGUUUGCCCCCCCGCUCGUGUACCGCGCGGAUCCAAUCGAUUGGUGCCGCUCGUGGUUUUGUACCAAAACCAAGUGGAUACUAGUAUUUUUGACAACGUCAUUUUUGCCAUGGGCAAUAUUGCACGUUCCUAGGGAUGCAGUUGAUCGCAAUUAUUCGGUUCCCGCCAAGCAGCAAGUCCUUCCACCGCGCUCGUGCUCUCCCUUAUCUCGCGUUUUAUUGGUGCUGAAUUACUCCGUCGGUGUUGGUUAGCUCUCUUGCCGCACGUGCACCGGGCAUGGCGACCGCUGAUGGCGAGUCUAAGGGAGCACCUGACUCCUCUCCCUGCUUCCGUCGGGUCUGGAGGUGACCACGGGUACGGCCACGUUGGGGCGUCUUCACUGUCCUCCAGGAGAGCCGUCUUGCUCCACUCGCUCGACACCGUCGACGCUUUGGUAGACGUCUGCGGCGAUUUUCUUUCGUCUAAGGUAUCCGAGGACUUGUGGCCGCUUCUGAAGCUUCUCUUGCUGCAGUAUGCAGCUUUCAAGACACCCGGAGGAACCAACAGCAGCAGCGCCACCACCACCACCACCACCACCAAACGGAAGCAGCAACACUCGACGUUGUUUACAUCGUCUUCGCCGCCAUCGCAGUCUAUUUCUGCGUCGGGGGGGCUGUUCCUCGUCGGCAGCAAGACUAGCGGUCGCACGAACGAUACGCGGAACGACAUACAUGUCGACGGUGGCGGAGGCGGCCUCAACAGCCUUCUUGUUGUUCCGCCUGGCGGGCCUGUUGGGGGCGUUAAUGGUGGGGGCGGAACCAAUGGUGCCAUGACGGGGUUAGUGGCGAGCAGUGGGAAGGGUGGUCGUAGAGGAAGGGAUACCAUGGGUGAGAAGGUGGUGGCCCGGACCCUCGAGAGCUUGGAACGCCUAUGCAGCAGCCAGCAGUGCGAGCGGUUCAUGGCGCCGCUAGCCCGGGAGGUUGCCAUUGCAGCCCUCCCAUGCCUGUCCUCCGCCGGCGCCGCCUCCAUCCUUUCCCGGGCCGAGGCGCUAUUCCGGCGGCUGGCUUUCCUCGAUGGGGACGGCGUGUGGCUGUUGCUGAUGCAGACAAUGGAUACCUCCACUCAGCAGCGAUGCCCGCAGCAGCAGCAGCAGCAGCAGCAGCAGCAGCAGCAGCAGCAGCAGCAGCAGCAGCGGUCGCAGCAGCCAUAUUCGCGAAGGAAUCACCAUCAGCAUCUGCAGCAUAGUACCUCCGUUGACGGCCAGAGAGGGGAUGUAGCAUCAGACGGCGGCAGAGGCGCAAGAGGGCGGGUGACGUCGCCCCCGACAGUCGCAGCAAGGUUGAGGUCGGAUGCAGGUGGCGCUUCUGCGGGUACGGGCGAUGCGGGGCACAGUAGCGCCCAAGGUGGCAGUGGCGACGGCACGUCGUCGCGGCUGCCAGGUUGUCCUACCCUGGAAGCCACCGUGCUUUCGCAGCUGUCAGCGGUGGGGGCAACAAUUGGCACGCGGCCUGCGGCUUUGCUAGAGAGGCGAUCCGUGUUCUCUGGGGGGGCGGGGCGGGUUGCCGCAGAGUGUGCCCCCGCGGCGUCUAGGCUAUUGGGUAUUUUGGGCGACCGCGGAGGUGUGAUUGAGCACAUGUAGGCUCUCAACCAGAUAUGUUUCCGGCGGUGUCGGCAUACACGAUAUCCUGUGGUGCUCAGGACCUCGGAAUGCGACCUAGGGAUAGCAGAGUACUUAAACCCCAAGUACCCCAAGGGUGAACUUUCUGCCGCAAACUGCAUCGUAAGAGAGUUUGUUUACCACUCUAUUCCCCCGUAAAUAUACGAACUGUGGGCGUUUG